AAGGUUCAGUGAUGUGCAAACAAUGAGAAAAGCUUUGAGACAACAUGCAAUUGAAAAUAGGUAUGAGUAUUACCUUCUUCACAAUGAUUCAAAGAGGCUAACAGCAUAUUGCAAAAGGAAAUGCAAGUGUGUGUAUAACAAGAACAGUUGUAGGAUAGUGAAGUGUACAUGUAGUAAGGGUGUUAGGUGUAGGUUCAAGUUUUAUGCAACAAGGCUUGUGAAAUCAGAGGCUUGGCAAAUUAAGACACUAAGGCUGAAGCAUAGGUGUGUUAGGAGUAAAAUGAACAACAAGGUGACAGCAGAGUUCCUUGCUGACAGGUACUUGGAGGAGUUCAGGGGCAACCCCAGAUGGAAGAUUAAACAGAUUCAGGACAGGGCCUUGAAUGACUUGGGGAUCAAAAUUACAUACUCCAAGGCUUGGUUGGCUAGAAGCAGGGCAAAGCUUAUAAUAUAUGGCUCUUCAUCAGAGCAAUACUCAAAGGUUUGGGACUAUGGGAAGGCACUGCUGAAAUGGAACCCAGGGAGUGAGUGUAAUGUGGUGGUGGAUGAUAUUAAUCAAAUUGAAAGACCAAUUUUUAUGAGGAUGUUUGUGUGCUUAGCUGCACUUAGGGAUGGAUUCAUUUCUGGUUGCAGACCAGUAAUUGGGGUGGAUGGGUGCCAUCUAAAAGGGGCAUACCCUGGGCAGAUCUUGGUUGCAGUUGGAAAAGAUGGCAAUAAUUCCAUCUUCCCAAUUGCUUGGGCAACUGCAGAGAUUGAGAACAAGGACAACUGGUGCUGGUUUCUGGAGAGCUUGCUCAAGGCACUUUGUGUGUAUGACCAAGGAGAUGGCUUGACUUUUAUGUCUGACAGACAGAAAGGUCUCAUAGAAGCAUUUGCAGAUGUGGCCCCCAAAGCUGAGCUCAGAUUUUGUGUGAGGCAUAUUUGGUCAAAUUUCAAACUGAAAUUUCAUGGUGCAACUUUCAAGGAAUUGUUCUGGGCUGCUGCUAGGGCAAGCACUCUGUUUGAGUUUGAAGUUGCUAUGGAAAGUAUCAAUUUUUUGGAUGAAGAAGCAUACCAGUGGUUGUCAAACAUUGACCCCCAGCACUGGUCAAGGCAUGCUUUCUCUACAAACUGCAAGUCUAACAUGUUGUUAAACAACAUGUGUGAGACAUUUAAUGCAGUGAUUAGAGAUGCCAGAGACAAGCCUAUUCUAACUCAAAUGGAAUGGCUUAGAAGAUAUAUGAUGAAGAGGAGUAAUGACAAAUGGGAGGCAGUAAAGUCUUGGGAAGGUUUACUAACCCCAUUUGUCAACAAAGUCUUUGAUGGGUUGGAGAAGUAUGCCAUGACAUGUGAGGUUACAGCUUCAAGGGAUGAAAUUUAUGAGGUGAAAUACAAGGAUGAUCAGUGCAUUGUGGAUAUGCAAGAGAGAAAAUGCACUUGUUAUAGAUGGGAGUUGACAGGAAUACCUUGUGUCCAUGCAUUUGCUUGCAUAAUGGACAAAAGGGAUGAUCCUGAGUUCUAG